GGGAAGAAGCAAACACAGAAAAUAAAAGAGGGAGAAGUACAGCGUGGAGACCAGAUCCAUGCAGAAGGCUCCGUGCGUAAAUCUCACUUUUUGCGCAUUGUUUUUGUGUGGUAAUUAUGGCGAAACGGGCAGAAAAGAGGAGACUUUCGGUAACUUCCAUGAAUGUUGCCGAUAUCUAUACUCUCCGCCUCAGUGACACCUCGGAUCAGGAGCUAUCAGAAGCAGAAAGUGAAGUGUCCUCGGUGGACUCGGUGGAAGAAGAAAUGUUUUUAGAUGGAAUGGAUGUUGUUCUUGAUCGGUAUAAUGACUCUGACCCUGAUUGGGAACUAGAUCCUGAAAUUUUGGCAAAGGUCCAUAUGGAAAUGGAUAUCCCUGAACUGACUUCAGUGCCUGCAGUUAAAUGUGAACCAAGUUCUCCCCCCAUAAAGAUUCCUCGGAUUGAGAGAACAGAAAAAAGAGGCAAGGGAAGGGGGAGGGGCAGCGGCAGAGAAAGAGGAAGGGAUCAUGGUGCAAGACACCAGUCUUCACCUUCAAAGAGCAGUUGGAAUUCUACUAAGGUUGCUGAUAUCACACCUACCUCCUUCCCCUUUUGUCCUACACGUACUCCCGGACCCCAACUUAUUCGCACUAAAGACUACACUUGUCUGGAUCUAUUCUAUCUGUUUUUUACUGGGACUGUGUUAACAACACUAAUAAGAAACACAAAUGCACAUGGCCGAUCAGCAUACAAAGCAUGGACGAACAUUACACUUCAAGACAUUCAGUCAUUUUUGGCACUUGUUCUAUACAUGGGAAUCACAAAAGAACCUUCACUUGCUGAUUAUUGGAGAAGUUGUACAGCCUACCGUUCCCAAAAUCAGUUAUGACUGGAAAGAAAUUUCUCUCUAUCAUCCGUGCUCUCCACUUGAGUAGUCCAGAAGAUGAUGCCAAAAAUGAAAGAAAAAGAGGCACUGAAGAGUUUGAUCGCUUGUGCAAGAUCAAGCCAUUGUACACCGAGAUGAGAGAAGCAUGCCGCCGGAAUUACCAGCCUCGUCAGCAUAUUGCUAUUGAUGAGAGGAUGGUGGCUUCAAAGGCAAGAGAAUACUUGAAAAACAAACCUGUACGAUGGGGCUUCAAGUUGUUUGUUCUAGCAGAUUCAAAAUCAGGCUAUACAUGGGACUUUUUUGUUUCUGAGGGCAAAAACUCUCAACCAAGCAAGAAUGGGUUGAGUUAUGACUCAGUUAUGAACCUUUUGGACACUUCCUUACUGGGCACAGGCUAUAAGCUCUACGUAGAUAAUUUUUAUACAAGCCCCAUUCUAUUUCGUGAUCUUAUGCAGAAAAAAGUGUCAGCCUGUGGCACCAUCAGAACAAACAGACAAGGAUUCCCCAAGACUACAGAAAAUAUGCUGGACUCCAGAGCUCCCCGUGGCAGUAUAAGGUGGAUUCGGGAAAACCCCUUGCUCUUUGUGCAGUGGAGAGAUACUCGUGAUGUGUUCAUCUGCUCCACCAUGCACACCGCCCAUGGAGACGACAGAGUGGUGCGCAGAGUGAAGGAUGAUGCAGGCCGAUGGACUAUGAAAGAUGUGUCCAUUCCACCAGCCAUUAAGGACUAUAACAAGCACAUGGGUGGUGUUGACCUGUCAGAUGCACUCAUCGGAUAUUUUGAGGUUUUGCAUAAAACAAAGAAAUGGUACAAGACAUUUUUUUACCAUUAUGUGGACAUUGCCGUAGUAAAUGCCUUCAUUCUUUAUAAAGAAAAUUGCACAUCAAAGGGAGAAAUCCCAAUGGCACAAAAGGCAUUUAGAGAAACUCUUGUCUUGGAGCUGGCGAAGGCAGGAGCCAUCAAACCACAGCAGGAUGAUGAGAGUCAGGUGGAGAGGCAUCAUCGUCUUGUGCACAUCAUCCCAAGUGGUGACAAGACACAAGGCAGGCUGAAAUGCAGGAAGUGUCAUUCUAAAACACCUGUAAAAUGCUUUACCUGUGAUGUGCCCCUGUGCUUCCAGCCACAAAGAGACUGCUAUAAUGAUUGGCACACAGAACAAAAACGAUAGAAGAAACCGAAGUGUUUUUACAGUUUGCCGUUUGUGUUUGUUUAAAUUUUGUUAUGACUAUAGUUUAUAUAGAUUUGGAUAAAGCAGAAGUCUCUGUAAAACACCUGGAUAAUAAAAGUAAUCUCAAAUUCUCA